GUUGUCAUUUGUCAUGCGCGUGCCGUGUGUUCGUUGUUUGUUUACUUUGCUCUGAAACUGCUUCUGUGCUUCUACACGUCAGAUCCCUGAAGAUUUUGAAUUCUAAGCGAGAUUUGAGACUAGUCAGUUAAGAACGACUGCGGAUGCCAAGCUGAAUUGCAUCAUGAUUGAUGACAGUAUUGAACCAGCAACAGUGAAUAAACCAGACACAAAGCAAGUUGACGGUGUCAUAUUCUCGAAACCCAUCAACGGUCUGCACACGGACUUUUUCAUCAAUUCCUACACAGACCGCUAUUUCAUUAUCAUCACUCAGACCGGAAGCAUUGGUACUUUGCUCAGUGUUGAAAAAGAUACGACCCAAGUAGAAAAAGAAGUAGCAGAAGUUUACACAAUCAAGGUUCUCCUUGGCAAGGACGAAGAAGACGUGCACAUAGCAGCCCGUUUUCUUGCUGGACAGUUGGAUCUGCCAAAGCCAAUACUGUUCGCCUUCUGUGUCAAGGACCUCGGUAUCAACGUACUGAAAAGCAUUCUACAGACGUUGAAGGAACACUUGAAUUGAAAUGUCUCACUCCGCCACCACCAUGUUUGGACAGGCCGUUGUUGGCCCUCCAGGCAGUGGCAAAAGCUCGUAUUGCAGGGCUAUGUGCUUGUACCUUCAAUCGAUAGGCAGGAAGGUUGCUCUUGUAAAUUUAGAUCCAGCAAAUGACACUCUGCCCUAUGAAGCUGCAAUAAAUAUAACAGAACUCAUCACAUUGGAUGAUGCAAUGAAUUCUUUUAAGUUGGGACCAAAUGGGGGCCUUAUGUAUUGCAUGGAGUUCAUUGAAAAAAACAUUGACUGGUUGUUGACGGAAAUUUCAAAAUUCAAGGACCACUAUUUUCUACUGGACUUCCCUGGACAGGUUGAGCUUUACACCCACCACAACUCUGCGAAAAAUAUAAUGUCGCAGCUUGUUAAGUUCGAUUUAAGACUAUGCUCGGUCCAACUCAUUGAUUCUCACCAUUGCAGCGAUCCUGGAAAAUUCAUCUCUGCUCUCCUUUUGUCACUAACAACAAUGCUCCACACAGAGUUACCUCACAUCAAUAUUCUUUCCAAAAUUGAUCUUGCUGAGCGGUAUUCAAGCAAACUGGACUUCGGACUGGAUUUCUACACUGAAGUCUUAAAUCUAGAGUAUUUGCUUGAAAGACUUGAUGAGCAGCCUGGAACACGGAAAUUCAAAAAGUUGAAUACCGCCUUGGUCGGCCUGAUCGAGGGAUUCAAUUUGGUCUCGUUUCUGCCAGUAAGUGUGAGUGACAAGAAAACUCUAGUGAGAGCUCUUGCUGCUGCUGACAAAGCAAAUGGGUGUGUUUUUGGUGCUGGAGAACCUCGAAAUAUUCAAUCCCUCCUGGCGUGUGCAACAGGAGCUGUUCCAGAACAUGAAAGACUUGGGGAGUUAAUGGAUGAAUAUGGAAAUUGAGUUUUACUCUGACGAAUUAUUAACACAGUUAAAUGGAGAUACACAU